AGUGUGGCUCUAUGAAGUGUGACUGUGAUUUCAUACCCAGCAGACAGCAGACAGGGCUGAACAGGCUCAGACUCUGUUCUCUGCCAAGCUCUCAGCUCUCUCUGCUCUAUUUAAGCACAUGUGGCACUGGCAUUUGCCACAUUUAUGAUGUGUGUAUUACAGCGCAAAAACAGCUUGCUGUCUGCUCUUUAAACAGCUCAAUUUGGAGCAAAGCUCAGCCUUUUGGCUCUCUGGCAGGCAGCCGUGCCGUAUGAAAGCAUGUGGAAUAGAGUAGCGCAAUGCCCAAGGGGAUAUCUCCAGUAAACAGAGCAAGAGCGUACGAGAGAGAGACUAAAUACGCAAUGACAGACGUGACACACUCCAGUCUACUGUGGACAAACAAAGGUCAGAGUGAGUGUGUGUGUAUUGUAGGAUUCAGUAGAUUUAUUAAAUUGAUAUGUGUAACUUACAGUUUAAUAGAAACUGGAGCCUUUUUAAACCAUUGGCUCUAAAUGGAGAUGUUAAAGCAUUUGGGUUUUAUGUGCCAAUUGUAGAGGAAGCCCAUAAUGUUUUCCCCGCUUUUAUGUCUUCAUUAAAUGUCAACGCACAAGUACAUUCAACUAACGGGCUUUUUCCGCCUCUGUCUUUCCUUUCCUAGUGUUUCUCCAGUUUCUUGUUGCUGUCUGCCCCAUCAAUGCUCUGUUUAGGCCCGCAUGGAGAAGCUUAAUCAAGACAAGACACAGACCAAUGACUGCGUGCAGUGUUGGAAAUAAACCAGCUUUUUUUUUUCCACAAAAGGAAAUAUUAAUAUUAGAUUUUUUUUCCCUCUCCUGCCAUUUUCCAUCAGAGACCUCUAUGCAAUUUAAUCACCACUAAAAUCAUUAAAAAAGAUCUGAAGAUUAAAUUAUAUUGGCAUUUGCAAAAUUAUGUAAUACAUUUACAUUACAAUGAAGAAAUUAAAAUAAUGCAUUUUAUCUGUCUGGGGUUCCGCUGAGCUCUACCUGGGGAAAUAUAGCGGCAGGAAAUGGACAGGCUCUGUUCUUGAGAUCUGACUGUAAUGGAGAAGAGCUCAGAGCUUUGGACCUCCAGAGCUGCUCAUCCUGGUCUACGUCUGCCGCCUCUAGUGCUAUUAACCUAGUUUAGCAAGAGUUUUAAUGUUUAGAUUUAUUCGCAGGUUGCAAAGGACAGUCAAGGUCGCACUUAAAUCACCACUUUUCCCUCUCCCGUUACAGUGUUUUUCACAUCAUUUCUGGAGUUUUCAGGCAUUUUCAUUCAGUAGAACUUGGCUUCAGUCUUCAGAUUAUCUUGUGAGUGACAACUGGGAGAAGAAAGGUUACAAAGGUCUGACCGAUGAGGAGGUUGAUCUAGCCAUCCAGCGGUCCGGUAGUACGGAGGAGCCGCUGACUGUCGCUGUUCCCGGGCCCGCGCACAUCGCUCACCCUGUUCAACUGGCCCCGUACACAGGUCCCUCAGGUUACAGAUGGAGAGACUACAGUGCCAUGGCUGUCAUCCUGGCAGGAAUGGCCUUUGGCUUCUAUCAUCUCUACCGGAAAUACAUCCUUCCCCUCAUUAUGGGCAGCAAAGAGGACAAGAAGCAUCUGCAACGGAUCGAGAGCAACAUCGCGGAUAUGAGUGGCACGCUGACACAGACAGUCACCCAGUUGCAGACGACCCUGGCUUCAGUGCAGGAGCUGCUGGUCCAGCAACAGAAGAAAAUACAGGAGCUGACCCAAGAGCUGGCUAACUCACAGGCCUCAUCUGCCACCAACCGCAUGCUGGAGUCUCAGAGCAUCAGUGAACUCAAGGCUGAGAUUGUAUCUCUUAAGGGGCUUCUUCUCAGCAGGAGACAGUUCCCCGCUUCACCCUCCGUUCCCAAAAUCCCUUCCUGGCAAAUUCCUCUCAAACCUGGGUCACUGUCCAACCCGUCCUCGGUCAACCACACCAACAGCAGCAGCGAUAUCUCGCCUGUUAGCAACGAAUCGGCCAACUCCUCCCCCAUCAAAGAGGGCAACAGCUCCCAGGCCACUCCGUCGGGUUCACACUGCCUGAACGGAGAUGUCGGCCUGGGCUCCAUUCUCCCUCUGGACCUGAAAGAUCAGGUCCGUAUGGAAGUUCAGGGGGAGGAGGAAAAGAAAGAGGAUGACGAGGAAGAAGACGAGGAUGACGACGUGACCCGCGCGGAUGAGGAAGACCGCCUGAGCGUGCAGACAGAGGACAGGAGAGGAGGUGAUGGACAGAUAAACGAGCAGGUGGAGAAACUGCGGCGUCCAGAGGGGGCGAGUAACGAGAGCGAGGUUGAUUAGAGAGUAACCCCGCAACCAAACUUCAUCCGUCCGAUCGCCUUUUCCCAGGUUUCCUGAGAGUUAAUUUAAGUUCUGAUAUCACACCCCGGUUGCAGUAAAACGGCUACCGUGAGCAUCAUUUAACACCGUACGAGAGCGGCAGCUGAGGUGGAUUGUGCUCCUUUCACUGCAGCUCUUCACCCUUUCGACUUUUCAACAUGCAAACUUUCAACGUGCAAACCAGACUGUCGGCACAAACCUUCUGCAUGCCUGAACAAGCACAGCAACAGACAUUUCUGGAUAGACAAUGAGAGAAUUAUGACUUUUCUUUUGCAAUCAGUCAGUUCAUACAUUUCCCCUAAAUGCUAGCUAGCUUUUUUUUUUUUUUUUAAUAGAGGCAGUCGUGCUCCAAAAAAACCCAUUUAAGUGUAGAGGGCAAUUGCGGUGUAGGGACUAUAGCAACAAAUUAGAGGCACCAAAGAAUCAGUAAGUUUUGAUCUGAUGCCGUUGGAUUUGUGUUCAGUUCACAGUCCCAACACUGUUGGAUCAGCUUAUUCUUCAUGGAAAUGGCUUGUACUCUGUCGUAGUGAAGAAACUCUCCUUCAAAUUCAAAUGUAUGAGAUUGUGUAGUACGCCCUGCUACAGCAGGCUGUGUAACAAAGCGGCCUUGUAUUUUGUGAUCAGAGGAUUUGAGAUUUGUGUGGAAGAAAGAAAGAGAGGGAGGGAAACACGUAUGAGAACACAGACAAUGAGGCGAAAGAGAAAUGUGUUUGUCUCGGUCGUAUCUCUCCGGUCUCCAGCAGGGUAGCUGAUUUGGUUUAUGAAGUAUGUUAAUAAUCAAAUGAUCGACAAAUAACAGAUGUAUUAGUUCAUGCGGCUUGAAAUGUCAAGGAGGCUAAAAUCGGAAAUCUAAUACUGAAAGGCUGUUAUAUUGUAUUAUAUUACAUGACAAACCCUCCAGUCCAAAUUAUAUAGGCCUCCUGCAGUGAAUAAUCUUAACAUGAAACGGUGCUGGGGUUUUGUAAUUAAACUGUGUAAAACAAUGGAUGCUUCAGCGGAGGUGCUGACAGUUGUGCUUUUCUCUUUGGGGGCUUUUCUCUCAGAAAGUCCUGAGAGGAUAAAAAAAAAAAAAAGACGAAAAAAAAAUUCCCCUGUGAUGCAAACGGAGAGUAACGUAUGAAUAUUUAACUAAUGAAAUUACUCACUCGCCAGCUGAUGAGAAACAAAGCCAGAGAGAUCCUGGAGUGAGAACUAGAGCCUCGGAUCCAUUGCGACAUUUUCACUUUUAACAAAUGACCUUCAGAGUAACCGGAUUACAGCGCAGCCAGGUGAAUUGUGGGUCUGCGGCGGCACAAUGCGAAGGCACAAUGAAAGAGCUCAACUUGUCUGGCCAUGUGUGUAUGUUUUCUUACUUCCUAGACUAGGGCUGACUUAACACUAACCCACACAAGAAUAGUAUAUAUUCAUAUGAUACUAUGGCAAGAGAAACCCACGUGUGUUCAUUUGAUAUGCAGUGACUUUUUUUUUUUUUUUCCUGAAAUUUGGGUGUUGCUUUGAGCUAAAAAUCCAAAUGUGAAGUGAAUGUUAGAGGAAUUGUUCAGCCAAAAAAUAAAAAUACAAAAAUCUGUAAAUUACUCACUCUCAUGUCAUUUCUGUAUCAGUCAGAUUCGUGAACGAAUCAUUCAGAUCUGCAUCUUAUAUUGGAGCUUAACAGCUGUGGUGACUGAACACUGGAAAAAGUUGCAUAAAGACUCUACAAAAUAUAACAUUUUCAUUCCUCAGAAGAAAGGCUGUUUGGAAUGACAUGAGAGGGAUAAUAAAUGUUAUUUUUUGGGUGAAUUAUUCUUUAAGUCCAUUUGAUCUUGAAGGUAAAUUGCAUUGUGUUGGUGUCAGAAGUGGCAUUGCAGAAUUCCAGAUAGUUAGCUGUUUAAGCGAAAGGAAGGAAGACCGUCUGCUUCAGAAAUGAGACGGAGCUUUAGUGCGAGUGUGUGUGCAUGUACCAAUUCUGCUUAAAACCACAUUCAGGAGUUCCUGCUACUGGCAGGUUGUUUCUGGUAGCGUGGCGGCAGAGGCCUUCAAACAACAUAGUUUGCAAAUUUUAGCUAAUCAUUGUAAAGCCGCUGUGAGGGCUACUGAAUUAAUCAUCAUAUAAGCCACAGAUUCAGUGCCUCUUUUAAGAUGACAUUCUCAUCUCCAACUGUUUUUAUGACCGUUUUGUUAGGAAUCUACAUCCUGCUGCUCAGUUUCAGCAAUUCAGAUUAGGGAUUUAAGCAUUUGUUCUCAUUUAUGUGAGUCUAGAGUGUGUGUGCGUGUGUGUGUUGGAUCGGUUUUAUAAGUAAGCUUAAGUCAAAGGUCUGUAACAGUUUGUCUGAACUGCACAGUGUUGCUGUAUAUUGAUGUUGUUGACACCCUGCUGGUAUUUGUCACAGAGAAAUUAUUCUGGUAUGAAAAGAUGAAUGUACAUAAUUGUAAUAAAUUUGAUUUAACACAAA